AGCGAAAUGAAAAGGCUAAAGAGCUUGACUAGAAGGUCCUAUGGCGCCCCUGUUUUAAAAAAAUUCUUAACUAUUGACACAGCUCGAUUCCAAGAAGAUUUUGAUGACUCAUAUCUCCAAGCCAUACCAAUCAAACCCAUCAUUAAAGAUAAAGCUGCUAAAAAAUAAAUCAACCAAGGUGCAGUUUGAAUUCUUAGCCAAUACUACUAUCACUAACAACAUCGACUUAAAAACUCUAAAAUUUAGGCCAAAGCAUAUCUCAAAGCCCAAAAAUCGCAGAAAACUCCUAUCAUACUCCCCGCCAAUAAAGCAAGAAGAAGAGGAAAACGAUGAAGAAAUUGAGCUGAAUAUCUCAAAAUUGCCCAAUUAAGCAACGGCUCUGAUUAAAGUCCAGGUCUUCUGAGAUCUUAAAUUCUAAAAUGUCUAAGACCCCGUUCCUUAAACCGUUGGGGAAAUAGCACCACUAGCUGUCUUUACACUGGCGAGUUAUAUAGUGACAGAUACUAUCGCAGCUGUGCUACUGAAGAUGGAAGAGGUUACAGUUGUGAUGGUAAUAAUGGUGAUGGCAGAGGAGAGAGUGGUGGUAAGGGUAGUCGUGAUAUUGAUAGAGGGAGUAAUAUGAAGGUAGAAGGAAGGUUAAGAGAGUUUACACUGAAUUUGGAGAAGAGUAAAGUUAAGAGGGGUAAAAGUACUUCUGGGCAUUUUGAUAGAGGGUUUUGUGAUAAUUGUAAAAGGAAAACUGCUGGUUCCAUCAGAAGAAAGCCUCUCAGCUCCUACUUUUAGUUUAAAAACAGAGAUAAAGCCAGCAUACAUCAUAAACAUCAAAAGUUCACAGCUAAAAAGAAUACUAUCAAAAACCUUACGUUUGCAUGACAAAGAACAAAAGGAGCUCAAAUAAAGAACGUGCAAGGAUUAAGAAGAAAUUGCCUAAAAAGCGGCUUAAGAAGAGAUUUUGAAAAGAUUUACAGGAAAGGAUCAAGAAUAAUGCCUUGAGAAGGGAGAAGACAAGGCAAUCGAGGAGUAUGAAACGACAUAGAAGAGUAUCGAGUAUGAGUGAUAGGAAAAGGAAGAAGAAUAGAAGGAGUAGUUCGAGGGGGUUUAGGAGGCCAGAAUACAGAAGUGGGCUAGUUUAGGGGUGGAAGAUGGGAGGAGGA